GGAAGUUUUAGUGAUAUGAGUUACCGUUUGAUUUUCUUACCUUACCUGUAAAAAAGUUGUAAUUUUAUUGAUGGCUUUUCUAUUUCAGUUAAAUUUCACGUAUUUAUUUAAACUUGGUUAAAGUUUUCAUCCCAUUCGCAAGUUGUAAUCCCGAACCGUUUCUCCGAAUUACACAUGUUUAGUAAAGAAGAUGACAGUACUGGAGGACGAGGUGAUUUAUACUCGCAAUAAGUUAUCUUUAAAGAAAUCGGCGGAGAAACUCAUUGAACAGAAGCAAAGGAAACGAAAAAAUUCAGAGCCGCACACCAAUACUACAAAAAAAUUAGCGAUUGGAAGAAUGUUAAACGGAUAUCGUUCCAAUGAUAACCAUUAUCGCUCUACAGGAGACAACUCCCAAGAACGUCCUGUCGCUACUCUGUCCAAUGUGGGUAAUACCUGUUUUCUGAACAGCGUAUUGUACACAUUACGUUUCGCACCUACAUUCUUACAUAAUCUGCAUCACCUGAUAGGCGAUUUAGCUUUAAUCAAUUCUCGCGUAAAUCAAAAUAAAGCGAAAAGUUCUUCCCUCGGCCGCAAUGUUGGAAGUAUUUCGGGACCAAGUUCUAGAAGUACCAGUAGCAAAGAUCUUUUAUCUUUGGGAAAUUUAGACGUUAUUCCUAAGUCCAGGGUGCAGAUCGUCACCGAGAAACUUCAUGAAGUCUUUACAACCAUGCAUAAUUUAGAACUGAAGGAAUCGAGGGACUCCUUUCAGCCUUUGGCAUUUUUACAAGCGGUGAGAGAUGCCAAUUACAUAUUUGAGGGAAACCACCAGCAAGAUGCUCACGAGCUACUGGUGUACUUGUUAGAUAAUAUUCGCGAAACGUGCGACUUUCUCACUCAACUUGUCGAAAAUCAACCUAAUUUAUUAAACGACCCCGAGCUGUCACAGUCGACUGUUAGUAAUAAGUUUUGGAGCGUUCGGCGAUCGUGGAAGAACAAGAAGAAAGACAAAAGUCAAAAGGAUUUAAUUAACGAAGAGCAUAGUGAUGCGAGUAGUAAUGCAGACGUGGGGGAGGAUCGCAGCGUGACCGACGGUAAUGCAGAGAAGUUUAAGAAGAAAAUUGGGUACAAUUUUGUCGCGGAAGAUUUUGAAGGCAUAACUUUGUUGCGUACCAAGUGUCUCGAAUGUGAAGGUGUGACCGAAAGAAGGGAACCUUUCUACGAUAUCCCCGUUCCGAUUAUUAGUGAGCAAGACUGUGAAGCAAACCCCAAAGAUGUAUACAAAAAGGCGUGUGUUACAUCGGAAAAGCUGUGUGAUUCAAAUAAAUACUUAUGCGACAAUUGCGAGAGGUAUAAUGAGGCCAGUCGUGACGUUUUAUUCGAAAGAUUGCCUAACAUUAUGGUUUUGCAAUUGAAGAGAUUUACUACAACUUCCUCCGGUGUUCAAAAAGUGAAUAGUUACUUACCAACCCCUUUAGAACUCGAUUGUUUUUGUGAAAGCUGUUGUAAGUUACAGAACAGAUUGUUGCCGCACCGCUACAAACUUUGCUGUGUGAUAAUGCAUCUUGGUGCAUCAAUGGCAUCAGGUCACUACAUCGCGUAUGUCAAAAUAACUGAUCAUUUUAAAGAAUACACGGAUUGUAGUCGGGAUCUUCCCAGAGGAACUUUAUCCGCUAGCAGUAGUGAGAAAUCGCUUAAUUUGUUGAAAUUACUAAAACCUCGGGCUUUGAGUAGUUCGAUUAUUGAAAAUAAAAACGGUAUAAUACCUUCCAAAUCUGGUGGUGGGAUAGGAGUUUGCAAGAGUAUCGAUUGCUGCGGUAUAAGGUUAAAUAAAAAUGUUGUUGAAAACGUAGUUAAUAGUUACGGUAAAAAACACGCUCAGGAGAGGUGGCAACAAUCGACUGCAGAAACACAAGAAGAUAUGUGGCUCGAAUGUGAUGAUGAUAAUGUUCGCCCCAUUUCCAAUAAGGAAUUUCAAGAAUUACUUGGAGAUAAAGCCAGUUCCACAUCUACUCCAUACUUGUUAUUUUAUUCCAAGAUAACAGAUGGCACAUUACUCGAAUCAACUUAGACGAUUGUCAUUGGUUAGACAAUAAAUUCUUCGUUUGCUUAUACUUAACAAAAUUAAGUAAAGGUAGUGAUUUCAUGUGAUAUGAAAAAUGUUGAUAUUCACAAAACUCUUACUUUAUUUGGGCAGAUGGAUUGUUUUGAGUUUAUAAAAUGAAAUCAUCUCUUAGUCAGCAUUGGGGCAAAAAAUCACUUUGAUUUUAUUUCUCCUCCAUUUAUAUUAUGUAAUUACACCUAAUAGUCCAUACUUUAUCAUGUUAACAAUUUAUUUUUGACAAAUCUUAAGUAUUUUAAGAUGGUAAAUAUCAGUAGUUAGUUUUGGUGAUGCUGCAGUUUUACAACACAUCAAUUUAUCAUCAUUAAGUAUUUUUCUGUCAGAAUAAUAAUUUAUUGAUUUACUUUUUUUGUAGUAUGAAGGAUCUCAUAACAUUACAGUUGAUGUGAAUGGAAUUUCUACGUAAUUGUUUAAGUUAACAUGAACUGCUUUACUACAAAUUCAAACUUCCAACCACAAGUUCAUAUAAAAUAUUUACAGAUCAUUUAAUUUUAAAAUUGACAGUAGUACUCGAACAUUUUGAUGCCCAAAGCAGCAUUUUAUAAGAUUGAAUCAACUCAUUACCUGAUAAUCAAAAGUAUUUAGUGUUCAAUAAAUUCGUCAUGCAAAGUAUCUCCGCUUAAGUUGCAAAAUUUUCAAAUCAGGUUUUUAUUAUUGCCCACUGUGUGCUGCGUAAAACCAGUUUUAAAAGUAAGAACCUGAUGCAAUCAAAAGGAAGUAAUGCAAUUCGUUUUAUGUCUCUUCUUUAUAACUAUGGACAACCUGCGUACUUCUCUGGAUAGUGACUAUAUCGAUUUCC